AUGUUGAAACUUAUUACGAUAUUUCUUGCUGCUGUAUUAGUUGUUGGCAGUCAGAGUUUAAAUAUUGGUAAAGUUGGCGGUUAUACUGAUCAUCCUGAAUUAAUCGAAAAUUCAAAUAUUAAAGCAUUAGUUAAAUAUGCUGCUGAAUAUUUAGCAUCAACUGAUAAUCUUAUUCUUGAUGAAAUCAAAAUUACAGGUGUUCAAACUCAACUCGUUAAUGGUAUUAAUUAUAAAUUAGAAUUUACAGCUCAAUCAGUUAAUGGUCACAAUAAAUUAACAACAUGUGAAGCUGUUAUCUACGAACGAUUUGAUUCAACACGAAAAAUUACAAGUGCUCAAUGUAAUUAA